UCUCUCUCUCUCUCUCUCACACACACACACACACACACACACACACACUACUACAGUCCACACUCUAAAUUUCUUCACUACAAUAUGUCGAGUUUCUCUGAUCGGAUAGAGGAAAUCAAAUCCCUAAUUAAUUCAAACAAAUCGCUCGCUUACUCUACCCUCCAACUUUUUCAACAACAAGCAAGCAACCAUCUUUCUUCGGUUCAAACCCUAGCUAAUUCUUCUCACACUCUUAUCUCUGUAAUUGCCGAUGAUAUUUCAGAUGAUGAUGAGGAAAUUGCUGCACAGGCUUUGAAGUGUUUGGGAUUUAUGAUCUACCAUCCUUCUAUUGUUUCCACAAUCAAAGAUGAUGAUGCUAACAUGAUCAUGGAGGCACUGGCUAAAGUCAUUAUAGCCACAAAAAUAAAGUCGGUUUGUAAUUUAGGCAUGUGGUGUAUAUCAAUGCAACAAUUUGAUGCCUCAUUUUUAUCUAAUCACUUCCAUUCUAUAUUGCGGGCAGUUGUUCAUGCCUUGGACAAUCCUUUUGGUUCCUUGUCUACAACAUUUGAGGCCAUACAGGUUGUAAUGAAGUUUUCGGCUCAACUGGCUGAAAAGAUGAGAGAAUUUUCACACAUAUGGUGUCCUCCAAUAUAUAGAAGACUUCUCAGCAUUGAUAAGAGAGAAAGAGAUAUUUCAGAAAGGUGUCUGUUGAAGAUUAGCUCUGUAAUCUUACCUUCUCCUGCAGCUCUCUCUAAGGCACUGGUCAAAGAUAUGAAAUGGAAAUUGCUCACUGGGAUGAAGGAUCUUCGGAACCAGGGUAGGAAAGUUGAAACAUUGCAAGCAUGGGGAUGGUUUAUCCGCUUGCUGGGAUCUCAUGCUCUAAGGAAUAGGCAUUUAACUAAUGACAUGCUCAAAAUUCCAGAGCAGACAUUUUCUGAUCACAACCCCCAAGUCCAGAUUGCAUCACAGGUUGCAUGGGAAGGUCUUGUUGAUGCUCUUAUUCACCAUCCAAUUGUGACUCAUGAGACUGACGAAGCUGGUGAGAAUAGUCGUCAAGUCCAAGCAAGUGCAUUUUCAAAAAGUAUAAAGCUCUUAAUGACACCGUUAAUUAGCACCAUCUCAAGCAAAUGUGAUGUAUCCAAUCAUUUAUCCUGCUUGAACACGUGGUGUUAUCUGCUACAUAAACUGGAUCUCUCUAUUAACCAUCCAUUGGUGAUUGAAGUGGUGUUGGAUCCUGUAUUUGAAGCAGUUUUUAGAAUGGGGCUUGAUAACAAUACUGUGUGGUUAUGGAGUCUAUGCCUGGAUCUGCUCAAUGAUUUUAUAAUGUCCAAAUGUAGAAAACCCGACUAUGAAUCCAGUAGCCAUGUUAGCCACCAUUCAUCAGUCAGAGCUUCUAUGCCUUCAAUAUCUGGCAAAUGCUUAGUAAAACAACAUUCUGUUAAAUGGUAUCCAUGGGGCGUUAAUCAAUUGGACUUCUUUAUAAAGAUGAUUAGUAUUAUACUUAGUCAUGCAUCAAUUGUAACAAAUACUCUUGAAAAUAGAAAUGCAGUGUGUGAUGAUGCCUUAAGGAUAUUUAGAUCUCUUUUAAGAGGGGUGCAAAUAGAGUUCAAGAGUUCAUCCAUAAAUUAUGCCAAUAUUGUUUUAUGUUUGAACACAAUAUUGAGAUUCAUGAAGGAGACAUGUGAAAACAUAAAUUCAUGUGGUAGCAGCAAAAAUAAAUUGCAGUGUAUCAGUACUGCAGUCCAGUUUCUACAGGCUGUAAUUGAUGAGUUAGAACCUUCUAUAUUGGGAUCCCCUCUUUAUGAAGUGGCUCUAGACAUCAGGUACAUUGAGAAUCUGCAAUCAAUAAAUGAUACUAAAUAUGCAAAAUUUUUGAGUGUUUUCCCUAUUGCCUACAUGGAUAUGGUUUCACCAUUGGCUUAUCUUAUUACACUCUGCAUCUGCAUGGUGAUCCAGCUAACUUCUGACACAGUCGAAACAGAGUUAGUGUUGCAGAGAUUUCACAAUUUUUUCAAAUUGAUACUGUUUUCAUAUAAUCCCUUGGGAAAUCUCCAAGUUGCAGUUGGACUAUUGUAUAAGCAUGCGGGCUACAGGAACUUACACAUGUGGAUAGCUCAAGCUCAAGCUCUGAAAGACUGCAUGUGUGGCAUACAGGAUUUUUCUAUGUUCAAAAUGGAAGCAGACAGCAAUUGUUACCUUGGCAUAUACCAACUUUUAUCCUAUCCAUUUGUUGCAUGGUCUUCCUCACUGCAAACACAGGCCUCUGAGAAAGUUAGUGGAUCUACGGACGAGUCUUAUGUUUCUACACAAAGAAAACUUGAUCUUGAACAUGUAAUUGAAGUAUGGAAAUCAGUAUAUGGUGCUCUUUGUGCCUCAAAGUGUUUUGCAACAGAGAGCCUCGCUGACAACCUGUGCUCAAUGUUAAACUGGUGCAUUGAUGAAAAUAUAAGAACGAUCGGCCGUGGCACUGAACUAAAUUUAAGUUGUAAUGAUCUCAAACUUGAUUUCCUUUCUUUAUCUGGUAAUGCUGUGGCAUGCAUACUUGAAGUCGUUUCAGCAGCUAUUUCAGAUGUAAGCAAAAGUAAUCAUGCUGAACCUCAAAUAUUCGGCGACUUAAAAAGUGUUCUGGGAUUUGCUGCCAGAUUCCUGAAGCAUUGGGCAGAAGUACAAUCAGAUUCACUCAACGGUCUUCCUCUAACUUCAAGGGUACUUUCUGAUUUGGCACAUUUCAUGAGUUGCCUGCAUUCAAAGCAAACUAUUCUUUCAACUAUCGAGAUAGUAAAUUCUUCUUUACUUCAAUUGCUAUCACUUGGAGGACUACACGAUGGAAGUACCAAAGAUCAACUUCAGUGCCUGUGGGCUGAAACCCUUGCUUGUUUAAGGAGGAGUAAGCCUCCAAUAAGCUUUGAUUCCUCUUUCCUCAAACUUCAGGCACCCCUCUUGGAAAAAACUCUUGAUCAUCCAAAUCCUGUUAUUUCAGAGCUUACCAUCAACUUUUGGAAUUCAACAUACGGUGAGACAAUUAAGUUAAAUUACCCUGAAACUUUACUGGAUGUCUUAGACAAGCUAUCCAGAAAUAAGAGAAUCAUCCUCCACAAGAAAAGCCUGUCGUUUCUUGUAAAAUGUAGUUCUACACCAGAAUUGACUGCUCAAAGAUACAAGGUGUCUGCAACACAUAACAGGAGCACAAAAAGAGUAGAAUUCGUGGAAAAUACAAUGAAUCAAAUGGAGCACAAAGAUAACUUGAAAUCAAGUUUUAAAAGAAAAAGGUUGGAAUUAACUGAGCACCAGAAGGAAGUAAGACGUGCACAGCAAGGAAGGGGGAUGGAUUGUAAUGGACACGGUCCAGGGGUCCGAACAUAUACUACUGUUGAUUUUUCACAAGGAAAUGAGGAUUCACAAGAGAGCCAGGAGAUUAGGAACCCAGAUUCUAUAAUGGAGAUGCCGAGAAGAGUUACAUAAUUGUUUUCUGUUUGGAUGUGCAAAAUGGAAGGUAUAGCCCUCCAAAGUUGUUUAACAAUUGUUGAGGGUUACAAAAAUAUUGUGCUAGAAAAGCAGCACUGAGAAAAGGGAGAACAAAAUCAUAAAUCGCAAGAGCUAUUUCACCGCCAACAUAGCCAGGCCAUGACCUAUAAAAUGAGACAAAAAUUAGAAAUAUAGCGGCCGCAAACUAUAAAACAGGGUCUUCGGUUCAACUUAUUUAUGCGUUUUGGGCGUUUCAGGUCGAGGUUCGUCUCCCUUUAGAUGUUGAGAUGUUUGCAUGGGACGCGAUGCCGCCGCUGAGUUUCAAACGCCAAGACUAGAUGUUUUCUUGAACUUGUAUACCUAAGCCAAUAAACAAGAUUAAAUUACGUCCAUGUCCUUAUAGUAUAGCCAUAAUUACAGUUCAGGAUUUCUUUUUUAUCUAAUGCUUGAACUUUCCUCCAAUCUUUAAGAUUUUAUUCUUGUAACGCA